CCAAGUAGGAUGCUGUAGGACGGGAAUUCAGAGAACUUUUCUGAGCUGAGGAAACAGCUCUUCGUGGAUUUUGAGAAGCCGCGGGAUCCAGAAUCAGAGCAACCCUUACUCCAAGAAGUCUCCUUUAAACUGUGCUCCCUCAGCCUCUGCGGCCUGGGCAGGUCGCACCCCAGGUCCCAUGCCACUCCCGGGUCGCAGACCUCGGCCUAGGGUCCCAAAGAUGCGCAGGUUACCAGCCGCCAUCGUCCUGCUACUGAGCGUCUUCUGCGGAGUGCUAGCCAAGUCAGUCCAUCAUCACCCAGCUGACCUCCAGAAUGUGCAGCAGAGCCCAUCAGAAGGAAAAUGUCAACCAGGGUCCUACCUGUCAGAUGAGGAUGGCUGCGUGCCCUGCAUGGAAGGUAUAGAGUAUACCAGCCACGCCAACAGUCUGCCUUCGUGCAUAAAGUGCAACAUCUGUAGAGCAGAUGAAGAUGAAAUAGCGAGAUGCAACUCCACUCAGGACACCAAGUGUCAGUGCAAACCAGGCACCUUUAAAGAUGAAAACUCUCCUGAGUUCUGCCAGAAGUGCUCCAAGUGCCCUGAUGAAGAAUCUGAAAAGACUUCCUGUACCCCGAAAACAAACCGAAUGUGUGUCCCCAAAGACUCUCAACUCAACUUAGGCCUCAUCAUAGGGUUCGUAGUGGCGGGGCUGCUGCUGCUGCUUUUUCUUGCAGGUUUCUGGAAAUCUGGGGCAUGGGGGCGAACAUUGCAGUUGGUGAAAAGAGCCUAUCCAGGCCGUGAACAGCACUCUGAAAAUUCUGUGCCUCUCACGGAACUGCGGACAUCCAACCCGGAAAAUGACUCUCCUGCAGUGAAGGCCUCAGAGGAAUCCGAGGAAGCUCCGGAUUCUCCAACAGAAGCUGAGUCUCUAGUUCCGGCAAAUGGAAUGGACCCAAUUGAUGGACAGCCUGCUGUGUCAGAUGGACCUCACAGACAAUGA